CUACAGGCGGUCACUCGCCUCUGUGGCCCGAGAGUACGUAAUUCCACACCUCACGAAUACGUCCAGAAAGAUCUCUUCCCUUCUCUACACUCCCAGCCCUGCAGGCAUGUCGCUGGUAAAGCCUCUGAGGGUGGCCGUUGGAAAAAUGGAGGAACUGGGACGAUGCUGGUGGUUACAUUCCAUAUAAUGCCAGGCGAGCAGGCCGACAGUGUAUAG